AUGACGCGGGGCCAGGAGCCAGAGGCAGGGUUAUACUAUCCUGACCUUUAUAUCGGAGCUCAAAGAUGGGAGAAGACAUUCACCGGCUUCGAUUGGCCAGAUGAGGAUGUUGACGACGACUUCAACAAGGAAGCGCUCGAGGAGAACGAGAUCUCCAGUCUAAGUGAACCUCUCUGUGGGGAGUUGCUGCAGAUCGUGGGGACCCGCUGCCGCGCGGUUAUAUCUGGCGCCCGAACCUGUGAUGCCGGAGUUGUGGUAGAAGAAGCCGAGACCUACAAUGCUGCAGAGCUGUCUACCCUCCGUAAUAUCUCUGGUCCCGCGUCGAAACACCAGCAGUUUGCACCACAUCAAGGCUCCACCACAGAUCUGCAUCGCGAAACCGUGGGAUCUACUGAGCUCGAGAACGGCGGAAGACAGAAGUGCAUUGUUCGGAAGAUCCGGAGGCUCACCUUCGCAAGGACAAUGCGAACAUGCCCGGUGUUCGACGUAUCUAUAGCUGGACCAGAGGCAUCGCAGAAGUCAUAUAUAAGCGGUUCCUUUCUUGCUCUUCAGACCAUCUUCGCACUCAGCAGCGACUUACAGCUCCAUAGACCAACCAAUUUCUACCCCACCCACUACAUCGCCUCUGUUCCCUCCGCAAUGGCCUCCGACCCGUUCUUGGAAUUCUGCGACAAGCUCGAGGAAAUGGCGUCCACGAGUACCGACCGGUGGUCAUUCUCCUCGCCAACGCUAGUGGAGGUCGCAAAGGUCGACGAGCCUCUAAACGCAAAGGACUCGCCUGUUGUCCCUGAUUUCCAAGCCAUCAUUCAGGAGAACGAUUGGGACCUUCCACCUCUUAACUUGCAAGAGCUUCUAGACGUUCCCAGCUUCGAAAGCGGGAUUUCAGGGGUCGGUUCUACGGGGACCCCAUCCAGAUCCCCGGCGAGCAGCUCUCACAUUGUAGAGCCCAUAUACCAGUCCACGUCAUUCAUCGAAUACCCAUGGCCAACGUAUCCCGCCGCCGCACCCUACUUCAGCGUGCCUGACGUUUACCAGCGCCCCUACAUCGAGGGGGCAAUUGCUCCUAGCAUGCCGAUGUAUUGGUAUCCGAUGGGAUUCAACCACGGUCUCGCCAUUCACGGGCCCCACGUUGCGCCUUACGGCGUAACCAACGCACCCAUGUCUGGCCUACCGUACGUAGGGCAGACCACAGAUUACAUUGAUUACACCAACAACGGCUACGGCUACACCGCUACCCCCGCUCCGGACACACGUCAUCCUCGUUCCAAGAAGGCCCGCACCAGGUUCCGGCAACCCCACGUCGUCAGGAAGCCGAGGACUUGGACGCCCGUUGCACGGAAUUAUCAGUGCAGCGACUGCCAUGCAUGGUUCUCGCGCAGCGGUGUGCGCGACCGCCACAUGACAACAGGCUGCACCAAGGGCAAGCAGCAGGAGUGGCAAUGCCCGAUCUGUCUCAAAAUGUACUCACGCACCGACUCGCGCGGGAGGCAUUGUCACAGCCAGCACGGAAUGUCGUACACGGAUGCAGUAGAGUGGGCCAAAGAAAGGCUGUCGGAGAGGGACGCGGGUGAGAACGAAGGCUCACCUGCACCGGCCGAUGACCACUAG